GCCAAACAGCCGGAAGCCACACGGCAAGCGUGGUGGACGACCUGCCGGAGAUUCGAGAGACAUCAGCAACCGAAUGGCGUUCAAAUGCACAGCCGUCGUCGUCCCCUCGGGAGCCACUGCAGCGGUCCUGGCUGGCCCCGCCAGAUGGGCCACGGCUCGAUCAUCCAGGCCUGCGCCACAGCGACAGCUCUGGAUCCCAGCGGCGAAGGGGAGCGCUAAUGGAUCGGUCUCAGAACUUGCAACGGUGACGUUCGAGAUGGAGCGCCACGUGGAUUUCGGCGACGAGGUGUGCGUUGUGGGAGACGCGGAAGCACUGGGCAACUGGGAUCCCGACAAGUGCCUGGCGAUGGAGUGGACUGAGGGAGACUCCUGGACUGUUAAAGUGGAUCUACCCGUCAAGGAGACCAUCGAAUACAAAUACAUUGUGAAGCGCCAAAGUGGCGAAGAAGUUGAGUGGCAGCCUGGCGAGAACGAGGUCCACAACGUUGGGUUACCGGGCACGGACAGCAAGGUCAUCGACGAAUGGCAGCGUCGCGAAGAGGCAGGCGAAGAAAUGGGUACCGAAGAAGCGACUCAGGAGCCUGUCGCGGUGGGGGAGGUCGUGGAGGAGGCCAAGACCGGGGGCGUAGACGCAGACAUCCAGGAAGAUGCAGCUGUCGGAAAGUACCCUGGUGCUGAAGAGCAGGACAAAGGGUUGGCUGGCAGUACGGCUGCAAGAGGUGAAGACAUCGCCUCCGAGAGCGCAAAACCCGCCAAUAAGCCUGCGGAUAAACUCGCUCCAGAGAAGACGGGUAGCAGCACCGUGGAGAGGGUAAUCUAA